AUCCGAAACCAAAAGGGGAAUUUUUUGCAACUAGAUUACUGUGCAAAGGACAGGCAACAAGCAGCACAUGUUUGGAAGUGGAGGAGAGAAGCCCUUAGCCUUUAUGUUAUCUAGUUUAUUGGCUAUAGUUUUAUUUUAUAUCUCUCUUCUUAUCUAGGACUUUCAUUUUAUAUAGAAGAAGAAGCUUUGAAGCCUCAAACUUGUGCAAGUACUUGCAUCUGGCUCUGGGGGCUUCAAUGGCCAGUUGGGUUUUAUCAGAAUGUGGCCUGAGGCCCCUCCCUAGAAUUGAAGUCUAUCCUAAACCCAGAAAUGCAUUAGCUUUAAAUAACAAUAAUUUUUUCAAGCUUAGAACUUUACCAGGUUCUAAAGCUAGUAACAGUUUUGGUUCUUCAUUCAAGGUCUCUACUUGCUCUAGAGAUAAAACCCGGGGGGUGCUGAAUGUGAGUGCUCCAUUGAAGGUGGCCACUACUAGUGAAGAUGACAAGGAUAAAGAGACAAUUAUUGGGGUUACUGGGAUGGAGGAUGAUGGUGAGUUUAACCCAGGUGCACCACCUCCUUUUAAGUUGGCUGAUAUUAGAGCUGCUAUACCAAAGCAUUGUUGGGUUAAGGAUCCAUGGAGAUCUAUAAGCUAUGUUGUAAGAGAUGUUGUUGUGGUUUUUGGAUUGGCGGCUGUUGCUGCUUACUUCAACAAUUGGCUCGUUUGGCCUCUUUAUUGGAUUGCUCAGGGAACAAUGUUCUGGGCUGUUUUUGUUCUCGGUCAUGACUGUGGUCAUGGUAGUUUCUCAAACAAUCCAGCGUUGAACAGUGUGGUGGGUCAUCUUCUUCAUUCUUCAAUCCUUGUUCCAUACCAUGGAUGGAGAAUUAGCCAUAGAACUCAUCAUCAGAAUCAUGGACAUGUUGAAAACGAUGAAUCAUGGCAUCCGUUGUCCGAGAAAAUUUACAAGAGUAUAGAUAAUGUAACCAGAUUACUGAGGUUCACCUUGCCUUUCCCUAUGCUUGCUUAUCCUUUCUACCUGUGGGGUCGAAGUCCUGGAAAAAAGGGUUCUCAUUUCCAUCCAGACAGUGAUUUGUUUGUCCCAAAUGAAAGAAAAGAUGUAAUUACCUCCACGGUUUGUUGGACAGCAAUGGUUGGGCUGCUUGCCUAUUUAUCUUUUGCAAUGGGACCAAUCCAAUUGCUUAAGCUCUAUGGGAUUCCUUAUUGGAUUUUUGUCAUGUGGUUGGACUUAGUGACUUACCUACAUCACCAUGGCCAUGAGGAGAAACUUCCAUGGUACCGUGGAAAGGAAUGGAGUUAUUUGAGAGGAGGGCUUACAACACUUGAUCGUGACUACGGAUGGAUCAACAACAUCCACCAUGAUAUCGGAACCCAUGUUAUACAUCAUCUCUUCCCCCAAAUCCCACACUACCACUUGAUUGAAGCUACUGAGGCAGCAAGGCCAGUUCUCAGGGAACACUACCGGAAGCCAACGAAAUCCGGCCCCAUCCCGUUUCAUUUAUUCGGGAUCCUUGUAAGAAGCAUGAAACAGGAUCACUAUGUGAGUGACACUGGCGAUGUUGUAUACUAUCAAACAGACCCUCAACUAUAUGGAACUAGCAAAUCAGACUGAAGUCCUGAAGUAUUUCAAGCAUUACCAAGGUGAAAUCCUACAGAUUCUCUCCGACCAAGUAUUUAACUCCUGCGUUCCGACCAUGAUUCCAAUAUGUAAUGCAGCAUUUCAUAGUCAACCAGCCCCUCGUUUUAUUCUCUCUCUCCCAAUUGAGAAGAGCCCGUGGUGUUUUUUUUUCAGGCUGUGAGGUUUCAUUCAGGCUCUUCUGUGUAUGAUGUGAUAAUACAAAAGAAAUGCACAAAUUCAAUUGGGAAUCUCUCUAUGAGC